AGAUGACCUUGGUCAUGCAAUACACUAAAGAAGUUGCUGUUUUGGAGGCAGCAUUUCAGCUUGCCAGGAAACAUAUACCCAAUGUUGUCAGAUCAAGCAUUACAAGCCUUGGUGAUGCCAGUCCAGGAGAUGCUAGCCUUGGUGAUUUCUGCCAAGAUGAUACAAGGAAAGAAGUUGCAGACACGCUUGUUACUGCUCUGAACGAAAUUGUUGCUGGCCUAGAAUAUCCAUCAAGUCAAGCAGAAAAAGAACAUGUCAGUUUUGCAAUGCAUUCAAUAUUAUUUGAUUGCUUCAGUAAAGAUGUUUCAUGUAUGAUUAACAGAAGUCGAAACAACACCUGCCAUAACCCUCUAGAUGUGUUUCCACGAAUUGGAUGCAGACUUUACUACAUCAUAUUGAUCAGAAUGAACUGGGGUCAUCUGUUUGGCCAGAUGGUUAGCCCGCUUCCAGUAGACCAGUCCAAGUUGAUUUUGCGAAUACUUCUACAUCUUAUUAUUGUGGAGCCCCAGGAAAAGGUGGAGGAUUUUGUAGCAGAGAUUAUCAGUGGGAUGUUACCUGAUGCCCCUACUAGUACACAUUCAAUUGUUGAUCUCGUUUUAACUGGUCAGCAGGCACAGAGAAUAGUUCAUCCAGAUAAAUUUAGGAAUUUGCUUGUAUUUUUUGACAUUCUAUUUGGCAUUAUAAUGAAGGAGCUGGACGAUUCCAAAAGGAAAGAUGGAAUUGAAGACUCAGAUGAUUCCAAAGGGAUCGACGGUGUUUUAUACAGGAUUGUUUCAUCAUGUAUCUCACGUUUAAUCAUUUUUUUAGAAAGUCUAAUGAGACAGGAUUUGGGGAUGAUAGAGGAGCAGCCUCCUAGUAAGCAACUUUUUACUGUGGAACCUCUUUUCAAGCAACAUGGUAUUGGGCAACCACAUACCAAGAAACCGCAUACCAUACAGCCUCAUGCUGUAAAACCAUGUGCCAAUAUUCCAAUUCAGUUUUACCAGAAACUUCAGCAACUAUUAACAAGUGAUGAAUUGGAAAAUACAUUUAAUUUUGGUAGCAUGGCUGAUAACACCACUGACGACAGUAUAGGUGAUCUGCAUGUCUUUAUGGAUGACUUAUUAUGCUGUGUUAAUAGUUGUAUUGGUGCUUGCAGACAACAAGUACCUGAUGCUCUUAAACCAUUUAACCCUGCAGAUGAAAUAAAUCAAGGAGAAGCAAUGUUUUUAGAAAAAUGUUACCAACUGUUAACUAUUUGGAAAACAUUUUGUAAUGAACCAGAAGAAAUAGAAAGAAAAUGUUCACAUCUUGCCAUGCUUGAAACUGAGUUUCAAAAGCAUUUCCAGGUGGAAGAAAAAGAAGAAAGAUUAGAUGGAAUUUCUAAACACACACACACAGUUGAAGAUGCACUCAGGACUGCCGUCUGGAGAGUGGACAAUAGAUUGCUUGGUUAUCAAGAGAGUCUGAUGUGGAUAAUGAAGAAUUUAUCAUGUAAUACAAAUGAUUUGUGGAUUUCCUGCCUUGAAAGAAAUGUUACCGGUUUUGGGAAUUUAAAGCUUCUCCAGUGCCUUGUUGACUGCACAAUUCAACAGCAAUUGCUAAUUGGCGAAAGGACUCUGUCUACGAUUGUAGAGAGGCUGUUGUUGGUGUUAUUGAAAUCCUUUGAGAUGGUCAGCAUUGGUAUUCAAAACAGGGUAAGAGAUUACUUCACAGAAGAGCAGCAUAAACAUUUAGCUUUUUACCUGUAUGAAGAGUACACAGCAUUGAAGCUACCACAGCAAGUUAUUGUUGCCUUCAACAGACUUGUUAAUUCAAGUAAUGCUAAUAAUGUACAAGACCUACUGCAGUAUGUCAGUCCAAUAGCAUUUCAGUCUCCGAGGCAAACAAUACAAAAGGCUUUAACGGAAUCUGUGAACAACGCAGGCGUUAUACCAUUAGUUUCCCAGGUACUUGAUAAAUAA